UUGGUAAGGCAUGAGGCCUAGGAUGGAGGCCUAUCGGGACAUCGAUAUAUUUCCAGCACCCUUUAUAGACCCAGAAUAUUGACAAAAUACUGGGCUCUCAUGGAAAGGAAAGAUAUUACACUAUUCCCAUUGGGCCUCGCCUCCAGCAGAUCAAGGAGACUGAAGUCAUGGCUAAAAUGUUGUCUAUUCCCCGAACACGGCCAUCCAGAUAUGUUGAUGAUCUGCAUGCUUCACCUGCUUGGCAUGCAUUCACAGAGGAGGUUGGAAGCGAUGCCAUUGCUCUGUCGUAUUGUUCUGAUGGGUUCAAUCCUUUCCACCAUAAUAUCACAGCUGGAAAUUACAGUAUCUGGGCACAAACUGGUCUUAUUCUAAACCUACCGGCAAAGCUUCAUUCUAAGAAAACAACAACUAUGCUGUUUGGCCUGAUUGCAGGUCCACGUGCACCCAAACGACUGAAUAUUUAUAAUGAAGUCAUCAUCGAUGAACUAGUCAGACUAGACCAAGGCAUUGGCAUCUAUGAUGCCUUUAUGAGGAAAUCCAGCAUCCUUCGAGCACGAGUCAUGUUUACAGUCUGCGAUGUACCUGGAAAUGCAAAGGAACAGAACCGUGUACAACAGAAUGCCAAGGCUUCAUGUGGACAUUGCCAUUUGAAAGGUACGCAUUCAAAGAUUUUAGACAAGACUGUUUAUCCAGGAGGCCGCACAUUUCUUGAGAAGGAUCAUCCACUGAGAUUUGAUACAUCUUUUCCAACCCGAAGUAUUGAGGAGGCUGUUGCAGUUAGUAGAACAAAAUCAGAUGAGAUUGCAAUGUCCAUCUUCUGCGAUAAAUUGGAGCACCAGUCUAGAGACCUUGGCACAAACAACAAGACCCGUUUCCAUGCAAUUACACCGGAGCAUGGAAGGUACGGAAGCAGCCAGUGGUUGAGAUUGUCUUACAUGGACAUGCAGAGUAAACAUUCACCUGUGGAACCCAUGCAUGCCAUUAAGGUUGUAGCUGAACAUGUUACUAAACUUUUGAAUGGUGACGAAGAUGGGUCGAAAGUCAGAGCUCAGGAGCGUUCCAUGAACCGGUUUGCCAACAGCUGUCCAGAUGAUGCAUUCCAGAUUUAUGUGAAAGAGAAGACAACUCUCAGCCAGAUGAGGAAGCGGAAAAAAAACCAACCCCUUGAAGGCACUGGUAAUGUCGAGACAGCAUCUGAGCCCUGUCACACUGGCGCAGAAAGAAGUUUUCCAAAGAGCAGGCUCCCACCUGCCCCAUUCACUCUGAACAACGAUCAGAAGAAGGCAGCUAACUCCAGACUUGCAUCCAUGAGAUUCCCCAAAAAUUUUGGUGACGUGCCUGACACGCUCUUCACCAAUAUUUGUGGGGGAAUGAAAUCUCAUACAUGGAACCAGUUAUACACCACUGGAGUUUUGAGGUAUUGCCUUAGAGGAAUGCUAGGGGAACAACAGCGAAAGUCUUUGAACGAGUUUCUUCUGGGACUGGAGGGCCUAUUCAAGACACCAACAGACAUGGACACGAUUGAUCAGUUGGCAGAAAGAUGGCACAUCACACUGUGUACCAUGGAAAGAGAUUUCCCUCUAUCUCUCCAGAGCUAUGUGAUGCAUCUUCUGCACCAUCUGCCACAAUACGUGAAACUGUACGGGGCACCUAGUAAUUUUUGGAUGUUUCCAUACGAACGCUUCAAUAAGACUUUGUCAGAGUGUAUCACCAAUGCCAGAAAUCUUGAGCUGAACGCAGUGAAGAAGAUGGAGAUGCAUUGGUUGGUGAGCAUGUUAGGAAGUGCUGGAUAUCUGGAGCCUCUUAACUGUAGACCAGAGCCAAGUCAAAAAGUACUGCAUUUUUUGCAGCCUGGGACCCACAAGCCAUCCCCUCGACAAAUCAGCCAGGUAGAGCGAGAUGCUCUUACAGAUUUACUUGGGAAACCUCUCACCAACCAGUUCCUCUCCGUUUAUCAUUACGCCCAGAGGAUCUUUGGACAAACAGAGGUGCGAUACAGAGACACUUCUAUGGAGGAAAGAAACCAGCAUGAGAAAUCAAGUGUUGUUUCCUGUUAUCUGCCACAAGGCCAGUUUUUGGUGAAAUCAAGUACUUUUUUGAGUUCUCAAUGCAAAAUAAAACAAAUGAACUGGCUUUUGUGGAGUGGAUUGGGCAACCUGAACAAUGUGAGGACUCGCACUGUUUCAAAGUACCACGGAGCCCAGGAACUACCUCUCCUGUCAUGUGGGUGUCACAGCUCUCUGCACCUCUAAUCCAUGCUUGGGAUGGGGAUACAUUUUGGCUACCAAAUUUGUGAAUAUGGGACAUUCAAUAUUUCAUUUCUGUUGGCUACAUAUUGUAAAUCUUAUUGAACUCGUUUUGUAUAAAUGUUGUUGCACCAUUACUUUAUUUAUUUGGUAUGAUUGACUGAGGUUCCAUAGAGGCACUCGUAUAUAUGAGGAGACCGAAACCGAAGUUUUCAAAACCUUUUGUAUUUGUAUAUACUAUUUUUAGGCUAGUCUAUUCAGAGAAUUAGAGAGGUGGGGGUGGAGGCUAUAGCAAUAACCACGGCGUCUGCGUCCCACUUCGGUAAAGAUUUUUGGCAAGCUGUGUUUUGGUGUGUAACUUUUAAUCUAAUUUACAUUGUGAUAGGGUUACAGCAAUUGCUUGGAGGUUCCUUAGCAUUAUUUAGACUAUAUGCUCAUUAUCGGUACCAAACACAAGUCUAUCGGAAUUGCGUAAAAUUUUGGCAAGUUCUACAGGUUGAAUUUUAGGGCAAGUUCUAGUUCUUUUCAACCUAGGCAGAUUUCAACCAAAUUUAACAAGGAGAAUCUUUAGGGAAGGGGAUUCAAGAUUAUACUAAUGAAGACCCUGACCCCGCAGGGGACAGAUGGGCGGGGCCAAAAGGGGUACAUUUGACAUUAUGCCUUCAAACGACAUCUCUGAACAUCUUUGCACAACACUUUCAGAUUAUUUAUAUGACCCCUGGGGCCGGGCCAGUGUCAUGGGGAUCAAAUAUUAAAAUGUAGUUCUAGCUUCCUGAUCUAUUAUUUAAUAUGGCAUGUACUGUAAUGGCCCAAUUACUAUUAGCACUUUUAAAAGAAAAAAGAACAAAAAAAGACGAAACUGCUGUUCUCCUACAGCUCUUGUUUAUAUAUUUGUUGAUGCACCAUUAUUUUAUUUAUUUGGUAUGAUUGACUGAGGUUCCAUAGAGACACUCAUAUAUGAGGAGACCGAAACCGAAGUUUUCAAUACCUUUUGUAUUUGUAUAAAAUAUUUGUAUCCCACCCGUAACAAAACAAAGUUAGGGUAUACUUGAAUCACCUUGUCUGUUUGUUGUACACCAAUUUAACUUGUUCUAACAUGGGGUAGGCAGAUGAUAGAAAUUGACUUUAUAAGAGUUUAAAUAGUUUGGGGAAUAGUGAGUCAAAUUGUAGAACUAACCGAGGUUUGAAAAAAUGAGAGUGAAUUGAUAAGAAAUUAAUCACGAACACUACUUUAUAAUAUUUAUUUGCAGGAUUAACUGACACAUUCUUAUACAUAACACAAACACUAUUAAUGAACUCAUAGAUAACGAUAGACAUACAUAAUAAGGCUAUUGUAAACCUAAAUCAUAAUGAAAAAUGUUGGCCAAUUUAUUAAUGGAAGUUGUGAUGCGGGUGGUUACUCAUCUGCCUCCUUUACUAUAUUCAAUAUACGAGUACCUAAACAUUCUUGAAAGAUGUUUUGAAACAAAACAGCAUCCCCAUACAACAGCCAAUAUAUCAAAUACAACCCCAUGCCACACCCUGGAGUCUUCUGCGUUUGUCGUGAUGUUGAGCAUAUGGUUGCUUUUAUCUUGCUUAUAUUAUUUAUGUUUUUUGUAUAAUAAAGGUAAAUGUUGGCUACAAAACCAUUAAAAAAGGCCACAUUUAAUGAUCAUUGAGCAUUGGGAAAUUGCUCAGGCUAUGUUUUUCGUUUUUACUAUAUUUCUCAUUCUACCAGAGAACACCAUGCAAAAGGUAUUAGAUAGUUUUCGUAUCAAGUGAUGCAAACAUUAGCUUUGGUCUAAUUUGGAGGGAGAUCCAACAAGGGUAUAUUUUCUAACACUUAUAAAAUUAAAGAAAUCUGUUUUAAACUAGAUAAAACUAUAUUCGAGAAAUUUUCCUUUUCACUCAUAGUACACUAAGAAAUGUUUACUUUCAAAUGCAAGUAAUAAAUCACAUGAUUCAAAAAUAGUUCACAAUGAAUCCAUCGAGUAUUAGUAGAAAUUAAAAUCAUUGUACGAGUAUAGUCAGCAUGGUUGGGUUAUACUACCAUAUUACGAGGAUAGUCAGAAUUUAGUAGUCACUAGUGUUUUUGCGCAUGUCAGUACCCAAAUCGGAUCAAGGCUUGA